GGGAAUGGUCUCUUUUACCAGGAAGAAGCCCCAGGUGUUCUUUAUGGGAAGUUUAUUUCAUAACUGUUUCCUUGACUGAAGCAGCCUCAUUACACCCUUUCAAAUAGCUGUCUUAGUCAGACUUGUUUGACAGGGGCAUUUUCCUUCCUUAUAUGUUAACUUCUUUGAGUCACUUAUCAAUUUAUAUAGAUGGGGUUGGAUAAAGUGCAUUAGGCCAAUGGUUGAUCACUACCCAUGUCAUCGCACAGCCUACGUGUGGCUAUGUUCAGUCAUUGGAAUAGGGGAAUGGACAAGAUGUGACCCAACAGGUAAAACUGUGUCCUCAUCUUGUAGAGACCUGGCUCUGUCACAACAUCCCAGAUCAGGCUAUUGCAAUCAAUAUGCUGCCCAUGCUCCACAAAUAUAGAAUUCAAGACAAAUGGAGGCAGGUGCUGUAUUUUACUCAACAAUCAACUCACAAUCCUUGAAAAAUGAAAAAAAGAAAACAAAUGAUUUAUUAGUCAGUCACUGAAAGAAUCAGUCUCACCUAAACCCUAAUAGCUAAUGCUAUUAUUCUCUCAAUCAUUCUAUCUUAUCAUAGUCUCAUGUUUAUGUGUAUUGCAACAUUACUGAAUGGACGCCUCUGUGGUCUUAAUGUAUGGCUUCUUUUCAAGUUUAGGCAGCACAGUAAAUAUGUAUGCAUACUAUGAAAGGUUUGCUUGGAAAUGGUUGACACAUAUAAUAUUAUCAAAUCAGCUUGCUGGGAAGUGCUGAGAAAAUAUUUUUUUCUUCCUGUAACACAAAUCAGUACUGACACAGGAGGCAAAGUCCACAAGUGUUAUUGUUAACAUGAACGAGGUGACUCAGUGUGGUUCAGAGUGUAUAUAAAGAAAACAGAGCCUCUUGUCAUCAGUGCAUCACUGAUCCAUCCUGAAAACUGAAGAACACUUCAAGAUACUGACUACUGCUUCUUUCUAUCUGUGAGCAGGCGUUCACUCAUCAGCUUUAGCAUGAAGACUCUACUGAUGUUCUUUGUUAUCUUUUGUCAUGCUCUGUCCAUCAGGGCUGCAACAGUUGCUUCACCUGAGGAGGUUGCAGUACAACAGGAAGACGUAUCUGCACAAAAAACAGACGUGGAUGCUGACACUAGUCUUGCUGCUGACAGAGCAGCUGUUGGGCGUCAAGCUCGUUUCACUUUUUGCCUUGAUGGUUGGCUUGGCUUCCGUGGUAAAUGCUACUACUUAGCUAACCAAGCUGAUACCUGGAGAGAUGCUGAGAGCUAUUGUGCUAACUAUGAUGGCAGUCUGGCCUCAGUUCACAACAUCUGGGAGUAUAGUUUCCUUCAGCGCAUGGUCAGGACCGGUGGUCACACUUUUGCCUGGAUUGGAGGUUACUACUUUCAGGGUGACUGGAGAUGGGAAGAUGGAUCAGCAUUUGACUACCACAACUGGGAAACACAGAGCUCCACUGACUAUUACCAGUGCCUCCAGGUCAAUUCUCAAGAAUCCAGGGGCUGGUCCAAUCAUGGCUGCAGCAUGCGUUUCCCAUUUGUGUGUCAAGUGAAGCCAAGCUGCUAGUCCUCAUGGUGUGGAUAAUGUUACUGCUGACUUGCCCAGAUGCUCUGGAUGCUGAAGCUCUUUAUAUUCUUUAUAAAACAUAUAUAUCAAAAUUAUGCAUCUAUGCUAGAAAUAAAAGCACAAAUAUAUACACAUCAAUAUAAUGUCUUUUUUUCUGAACACCAGUUUGGAUUGCAAAGCAGUUACAGAGAUGAUUGUUUUUUUGUAUUUAUUGCUAUCUUAUCUGCCUAAAGAGUGUAAUAGUCUCUGUGUGUUCUUAAAUUAAAAAAAAAACCUUAUGAGUUUCCAG